CUGAAGCCGCUUCCGCCGCCGCCGGCUCUCCAGCAGUAAAAAUGGCGGAGUCGGUGCUGGAAGUUGUGGGCCGGCUCCAGGCGCGGCUGGCGGGUAGCGCCGAACCCAAGAAGCUGCUCAAGAGUCUGAAGAGGCUGUCAGAGUUACCCAUCACAGUUGACAUUCUCGUGGAGACAGGAGUUGGGAAGACUGUGAACAGCCUGAGGAAACACGAGCUCGUGGGAGACUUUGCCAAGGACCUCGUGGCAAGGUGGAAGAAACUGGUGCCAGUGGCCCAGGAGGCAGAGCGAAAUAACCUGGACUCUGAAGACCGUGACUAUGAGAGGAGCAGCUCGAGCAAAAGGCAUCAGGAAUCUUCCCUCAGAGAGGAUGAGGAGGCUGAUCAGGAUUACUCAGAACCCUUCCAGCCUUCUUGCAGCCAGUCCUAUAGCCCAGAUCAUAGGGAAAAGAAGUCCAAAAGAUAUCCUAGGCCUGAGAGAGCCCAUGAGACUUAUGGCUAUAGCAGCCACCAGGGGAAGGGCUGGGGCAGAUCCUCCCCCGUGCUCUCUUCAGACCAGGAGUACUCGGACUGUGGACAAGCUGUGUCACCUGAGCCCAGUGAAAGCCCUCAGGAUAUGGACACAGACCCUUAUGCCUCUGAGGAGCAGGAAGAACCAGCACUAUUCCAUCGGAAAACCAGCAAAGGUCACAGCUUCCAGGAGAAGCUCGGGGCAGGCCGGGAGCGCGGCUCCAGCGAUUUCUGUGACAAAGGGAACGCGAGUCGGAGCAAAGAGCACAAAUCCUCGCACAAGAAGCAGCGACUCGAUGGCAGAGGGGAUGACAGGACCUCUGCCUUCAGCCCAGAGAGGUUGCACAAAGCCUCUUUUAAAGAGCAGCUCCGAGAAUCCCCCAUGGCAGCGGCCGGCAAGGAGAAGCAGAGAACGUCAGAGGGCACCAAAAAGGAAAAGAAUCGGGAAAGUGGCAGCUCCAGGAAGGAGAAGCUGCACUCGUUGCCACACUCAGAGGAAUCUUUGGACAACCAUGUCAAGAAACAAAAGCAUCGGGACUCUGAGAAAAGCAAAUUGGAGAAGUCCAAGCAGAGCCUGGAGAGCUCGAACUCAGAGAAACGAAAAGCUAACAGUGACUCUGGCAAUAGGAUCAAGGAAAAGGGGGGUUCUGGGAGCUUAAAGUCUUCAGAGGGGAAGCGCAAAAUCUCUGAUGUGGACAAAAAAUCAGUGGGUUUUUCUUCAAAUCCUGGGGAGGGGGAAGCAGAGGAUGAGUUUGAACAACCUACAAUGUCGUUUGAAUCAUAUCUCAGCUAUGACCAGCCCCAGAAAAAGAAAAAGAAAGUGGUCAAACCCUCUGCUGGGCCAGCUGGGGACAAAGACCGAGGGCACAGCAAGCAGAACGGAUCCAAAGCCAGCACCAACAGCUCGAGCUCCAGUCAGAAAAGUCCAAGCCACAAGAGAACAAGUGAGAAAAAGGCAGAGAAGAAAACCCCAGAGCCUCCUAAACCAGAGAGGAUAAUUUUAGAUGUGGUACCAACGUUACCAGACAUCCCCCUGCCCCCCAUCCAGGCCAAUUAUCGUCCUCUUCCCUCGAUCGAGUCCAUCACCUGCUCCCAGCCAAAAAGGAAAGCAGUGUCCUCACCAGUGGAGGAGAGCGAAGCAGGUUUCACAGGCCGGCGGUUAAAUUCCAAAAUGCAGGUGUACUCUGGCUCCAAAACUGCCUACCUCCCAAAGAUGAUGUCCCUGUACCAGCAGUGUAUCAGGGUCCUCAGCAACAACAUUGACUCAAUCUAUGAAGUGGGUGGUGUCCCUUUCUCUGUGCUGGAGCCUGUGUUGGAGAGGUGCACCCCGGAGCAGCUGUAUCGCAUCGAGGAAUGUAACCAUGUUCUGGUGGAGGACACGGAUCAGCUGUGGCACAACCACUGCCUGAGAGACUUCAAGAACGAGAAGCCCGAGGAGUUUGAGUCGUGGCGGGAGAUGUACCUGCGGCUGCACGACGCGCGCGAGCAGCGCCUGCUCAUGCUGGCACGCAACAUCGGCUCUGCCCACGCCAACAAACCCAAAGGGAGAGUGGCCAAGAUGGCAUUUGUGAACUCUGCAGUAAAGCCCCCUCGGGAUGUACGGAGGAGACAGGAGAAGUUUGGAACUGGAGGCCCUCUUCUGCCGGAGAAGACCAAAAUAAAACCAGUCCUGUACACAUCCAACAAAAGCCACGCUCGGGCGAGUGACGAGCAGUCCUACGAUGGGCCCAGCACCAGCAGUGCCCACUCAGUCCCAUCUUCAGGUAGCACCUUCUCCUCCUACGACCCCAGGAAACCCCCUGUGAAGAAAAUUGCACCAAUGAUGGCAAAGACUAUCAAAGCUUUCAAAAACAGGUUCUCUCGGAGAUAAGUUUGCAGUGCUGAGCUGGGCCUUUCUCUCUUGGGGAGGAGUGGCACUGAAAGGGGAGAAGGUACCCAAACAGCCCUUCCUUAUCUUUGAACUCUUUGGAGGCUGCAGCUGCUGGGAGAAGCUUCGAUCUGCACAAGAUGACGGCACAGUAUUUUAUCUUUUAUUCUGGUCCCUUUCUCAGUGUCAAGCCCCCCUCUUUUAUCCCCUGUCCUCAACAUUCAGUUUCUGGUUUCUGGCUUUGUCAUCCAUCGAAAGAAGGGUGUACAGAAUCUCCUGACACAGGAAAAUGUGAAAUCUUGGCACCUGCUGAGAGUGGAAGAUCCAGAGACUUAUUUACUAUUUAACCUCUUAAUAAAUUAUAAAAUGGUUUUAAUUAAUAUUUUGCCCCUCUACCCUGCUGUGUUAUUUAUGUUGCUCCCAGUGGUCUCUCCCCUCCCAACCCAGUGCCAGGGUCAGCCUUGGUGACUUGAGCUGGAAUCCAUCUGAGUGGACAUUGGGUGUCCCAGGAGCCUUUCCUGUGGUCUGGUACCUGCUGGGCCCAAAGUCUCACCUGGAGACUCUGGGACAGGUAGGAUCAGUGGCCCAGCCACUUGUCAGUCCUUUGGCAAGUGCAUCCAGCCCUGAGGCUUUGUUCCCUGCUCGUGUGUGUCAAUAAAAUCUGAGCUCUUGACCUUCUCUGUGCUGUUGCUGUAGAUCCUGUACAGGUGCUUUUGUGGUCCUGCAGGGAUGCCAAGAGCCUUUGGGGACGUUUCCUCUGCUGCUGUUGUCUUCUGCUGGCUACUGGGAAUGGAACUGCCAGGGAUUUGGGAGUUGUACUGUGCACCGAGUCAGAUUUUAAUUUUUUAUCUGGAGAGAGAUAGGGGACUUUGCAAUGGAAAACAGUUUUUAAAUAGCAGUGAGGGCAUUGUUUGCCUCUUUUAGUGGGAAGAAGGAAUACUUCUGUCUUGUUUUCUGUGUGGAAUUGCAAAGGAUUUAUUCCCAGCUGGGAAGCUGGUGCCUAAAUCCUGUCUUUUCCCUGUACGUUUUGCUCUGUCCCCUCUUUGGAAAAAUCCAAGGAUUUUGGUCUUUGAACUUGAAACCACUCGAAUGAGGUUGGAGGGAAGUGAGCAACGGGAUGGUGCUGUUGUAACACGUGUGUGUCCUUCAGAGCAGGAGUUCCAAAGGCUCCCUUGUACCUGGUGUGUGAGGAGCUGGAGUUCAGGAAGAAGAAGGUGCUUGAUGAGGCUGGUGGGAGUGUCAGGGAAUGUUCUGGAGCUCCUGGAUGGGUC